UGACGACGGUACACAGUGAGUGUCACCCUAUGUCGGACCACAAGCCUGUGGUCUUAGACAUAAGGAUGCACUUACGUGACUCAAGAGGCCGGGGCUUCUUCCGGCUGAACGACCAGGUGCUGGAGGUUCCCGGAGUGAGGGAGUGGGUGGCAACGCACAUGGCCAGCUGGGAACAGACAAGGCGGUACUUUGAGACCACGGCGGACUGGCUGGACGGCGGGCUAGCAACCACCUCAGGCAUUCUGAAUGUCAUUUCGAGAAUCGUGGCAAGGGAAAGGAACAAGAAGGAAGCCGAGUGCAAGAGAAGGGUGGAGGAGGCUGAAGAAAAGAUGGAAGGCCACCCAAUCUCAGCAAUGGUCUGGGCAGCUGAAAGGGAGAGGCGGUUGAGUGAAUGGACAGCCAUCCAAGAUGAGAAAGAGAAGAGAUGGACGGACAUACUGAAGGUCAAGGGAAUAGAAACCAGCGACAAAAUGACUAAGGAGAAUUUCCAGAGACUGUUGCCAAAGCGUACCCAGCAACAGAUGGUGGAACUGAGACACCCCUUCGACGCCACAGCCCCUACAACAUGCGCUGCAUACGCGCUGUACACGGUCUCAACAUCUGCGGUAAUGGUGAAUGGCCAUCUCUCUGAGCCUUUUGCUCUCUCGAGGUCGCUGCGCCAAGGGUGUUCGCUCGCCCCGCUCGUCUUUGUGCUGCAGUUGGAAGUCCUGCUCAACAGGAUAAGGAAGCACCCAGACAUAAGAGGUUUGCAGUUGCACACGGGGGAGGAAUGCAAAGUGAAAGCGUUGGCGGAUGACUUAUUCGCAGUCUGUGAAAACUCCGGGAAGUCUCUAACAGCCCUCAAGUCGGUGCUAAGAGAAUACUGUUCUCUUUCGGAAGCCACGGUGAACUGGAAUAAAUCUACGUAUCUGCUACCUGCUCAGUUCAAUCUGCAGGUAGAAUGGGGAAUGAGGAGAGUAGAAUCGGGAGAGGAGGAAAGGUUCCUAGGGGUGUUAGUGAGCUUGCAAGUUGAGUCAUCUUCUCAAGGACUGCUUCUGCAACAACGCAUCUCAGCGCGGCUCAGGCUGUGGGGUCACACAUGGCACCUGUCAUUGAUCGGGAGAGCUCUGGUGGCAAACGUGGCAUUACUCUCCAUCAUGUGGUUCGUCACAACAGUGAAGGAAGUGGCGGAAGGAGUGAUAAGGGUGAUCAAGCAACUGGUAGCCCGAUUUGUUUGGAAACCAAGAGCCCCGGCCACGGAGGGCUUCCUCUCCAAGGUAGCCUACGACACGCUAACCUUCCCUCGUCCCCAAGGAGGAUUGGGUCUAAUGGACCCUGGACGCAGGAACCAAGCCCAACUUUGGGACUGGGUAGCCAAGGUCGCAAACGCCAAGGAAAGGGACCAGUGGUUCGGUCUGGCGGAGAGAAUCUUGAUGCGAGAAUGGGAGCUCAGCAGACCCCAAGAUGUCUGGGAUUGCUUCUUCAUCCCAUCCUUCCGCAAAAGGAGACCCAAAUCCGUCUUCUGGGAGCCCAUUCGAAAAGCUUGGCACCGCACCCCCCCGAAUACGCAGUCCCCACCAGCCACCAGGGAUGAAGUCCUAAAGCAAAUUCUCUUCGAGAACCCGGCAAUCACCAACCAAGCAGGACAGACCUUGGCAGCAGAUGGCACCACGGGAUCCUUCGGCCAAGCCUGGGUUAGGAAAGGGGUAGUUCGGAUCUCAGACUUGUGGUCCACCUCCUUGGGGGGCUGGAAACCCCAGACCGAAGUCAAGGCUAUGCUCAGAGGGUUGCAGAGAACGGAAGAGCACUGGCAAGAGAUCAUAAACGCAAUCCCCAGGGACUGGUUGGAGAUGCUCGGCCCGGAAGGGGUGGACCCAGCAGGGACGAUGCUCGGCCCGGAAGGGGCGGACCCAGCAGGGACGUGGUAUAUCCCUGGGCAGGAAGGAGAGGACAAUACGCUUUGGAAAGUGCUGUCAGUGCUCCCCAGCGGGUUCAGAAAGGUGGAACGGUGGCGAUGCGAGGGCCCGCCAAAUCAGUUGACAAAAGUGGAUGAAGACAUAAUUAUGGUUUGGAAUAGCCCAGCCCAGGCUCGUGUUGUGACAAUAAAAGGAACGAGGCCGUCAGCACUCAUAUACAGCUGGGUGGGGAAAGUUCCUCUCAACCAACUGUGCAUUGAUCCAACGGCCUGGAAGUGGACGGGCACCCCGGACGAAGAGGCGGCACUAAGCCUACAGAACUACUCAGUGAACAUUCGACUUAUGCGGAAAACACCACCAAGUACAAACUUCGACCGACUGGGAGGACAGAGGGGACAAAAAUAGAAAGGCAGGCGAGACCAAUUCGAGU